UAUAUAUAUACGUUAUUGAUUUCUCAGGGAAACAGGAAUGGCGAGAGAUAGAAAUAGAACUCCGGAAUACGAAGACGGAACUCCGUCUAAGCGGGACCUCAAAUCUUCGAAAUCCAGGACUGAUGAUAAAUCCGAGUCCGAAACCAGCUCAGAUUCCAAACCCGACAAUGAAAACGGGUUGAAACGAUCCGAGGGACGCAGGCACAGCAAGAAGGGCAAGCGAAAGCGAAGCCGCAGCCGAAGCCGAAGUUCGAGGAAAAGGUCACGGGAUGAUUACGACGAAGAUUCGUAUUCAUCGUCGUCGGAGUCUGAUGACUCGUAUUCGGACAAAGAUUCUUAUGCUUCUGAGUCGACGGAGGGGGAGGAGGAGAGGAGGCGACGGCGGAAAGAGAGAAAGAGGAAAGAUGGGGGAGAUAAGGAGAAGGAACGCAAGCGAAGGAGAGAGAAGGAAAAGGAGAGGAGGAGGAGAAAGGAGAAAGAAAGAGAGGAGAGGAAGAAGAAGGAGAAGAGAAAGAAGAAAAAGAAGGAUAAAAAGAAAGAGAAAGAUAGGGGCAAAACUAGUGCUGUCACCGAUUCCUGGGGAAAAUAUGGAAUUAUCAGAGAAACUGAUAUGUGGACCAAACGACCAGAGUUUACUGCAUGGCUGGCAGAAGUAAAACAGGUGAACCUGGAAAGCCUGCCCAACUGGGAGGAGAAACAGUUAUUCAAAGAAUUCAUGGAGGAUCAUAACACAGCAACCUUCCCUUCUAAGAAAUAUUAUAACCUUGAUGCUUAUUACCAACGGCAAAUGGAAAAGGAAAUGAAGAAAGGCCCAGAUAAGGCUGUGGACACUGAACGUACUGUGUUUAAUGAUGAAGAACAGCGUCGGCAAGAACUGCUUCGAGAACGUGAAAGGCAGAAAGAAGAACAAUUGCAAUCAAUGCAACACUCCAUGCGAACUGGAAUGGCACAGGCAAUGAAAGAGCAAGCUCAACUACGGGAAGAGAUGGCCUACCAGUACAAGCUUGGCAACUUUGAGGCUGCGGCUGCUAUUCAGCGACGGUUGGAUCCAGAUGUUGCUAUGUAAAGCUGGUUGCAUAAUCUUAGUUUGACUUGGAUGGCUGAGCACAUGAACUGGUAGGGCUUCAACAAUUAUCCAUUUUAGAAUCUUAUUCUGACCUGAAAAUGUGUAAGGAACCGGAACUAUAGCAUUCUUGCUUGGAUCGUCGCAAAGUGAACUAUUCUAUUCCAUUGUCCUAUAUUUUUGUGUGUUCCCCAGCAUACCGGUGAGAAGAAUAUUCAAUGAUUCAUGAUACCUAUGGAGUAAUUUUUGUCCC